CCGGGCCGGCCGGGCAGGGAGUGCGGGUCGCUUCUGUGUACGCUGCGGACGAGGCUCCCGCUGCCGAUUGACCCGCGCUCCGCCCCGUAGCCGGGCCGGGAUCCUGGAAGCUCAUGUCAGAAGAAAGUGACUCUCUUCGAACCAGCCCUUCUGCGGCCUCACUUUCGGAGAAUGAGCUGCCGCUGCCACCGCCACCUGCACCCAUUGGCUAUGUGUGCUCGCUGACCGAGGAGCUGGUCGCCAAAGCCAGGGAGGAGCUGCAGGAGAAGCCGGAAUGGAGACUUCGCGAUGUCCAGGCCCUCCGUGACAUGGUGCGGAAGGAGUACCCCAAUCUGGGCACCUCCCUCGAGGACGCCUUCCUGCUGCGCUUCCUCCGAGCCCGCAAGUUUGACUAUGACCGGGCCCUGCAGCUCCUGGUCAACUACCACAGCUGCCGGAGAAGCUGGCCCGAGGUCUUCAACAACCUGAGGCCGUCGGCCUUAAAAGAGGUCCUGGCAUCCGGAUUCCUCACCGUGCUGCCCCACACCGACCCCAGGGGCUGCCACAUCCUCUGCAUCCGCCCAGACAGAUGGAUCCCAAGCAACUAUCCAAUUACCGAAAACAUCAGAGCCACAUACCUGACGUUAGAAAAACUCAUCCAGUCUGAAGAAACCCAGGUGAAUGGAAUUGUCAUUCUUGCAGACUACAAAGGAGUGAGCUUAUCCAAGGCAUCUCAUUUUGGCCCUUUUAUUGCCAAAAAGGUGAUUGGCAUCCUUCAGGACGGCUUCCCCAUUCGGAUAAAAGCAGUCCACGUAGUCAAUGAACCUCGAAUAUUUAAAGGCAUUUUUGCCAUCAUAAAACCAUUUCUGAAGGAGAAAAUAGCAAACAGAUUUUUCCUUCACGGGUCUGACCUCAACUCUCUCCAUACAAACCUUCCAAGAAACAUCCUCCCCAAGGAGUACGGGGGCACGGCUGGAGAGCUGGACAUCACUGCCUGGAACGCUGUGCUGCUGGCCUCGGAGGAGGACUUUGUCAGGGAGUUCUGCCAGCCGGUCCCUCCCUGUGACAGCAUUCUGGGCCAGGCCCCAGCGCCCGAGGCGCUGGGUUCAGAUGCGCCGUGUGAUGACUCCACGCGGGCCGUGAAAUCACAGCUGUACUCCUGCUAUUAGCCAGGCCCCGUGCAUGUCGCCAUCCUUAAAACCUUUCCCCCUCCCUCUGGAGAGGCACAAGGGGAGUUUGAGGUGCCAUGGAUUGUCUUGCUCCUUGUAAUUAAACUGCAGCUUGGAAGCCAAGCCUGUAGAGCCCCAAGGUGAGCCGUGGGGCGAGCCCUCGGUUACUGAGUCCCUCUCAAUGGACCCGGAUGAGGCUCCCCCCAGUGAUCCCACAUGUUUGAAAUCCCAGUGUAUAGCCAUUGAUUUAGAAGCCGUGUGUGAUUCUUCUACAUCUCUGAGCAAGAAAAACCAGGACCAAAGUCACUCUGAUCCUGUGUUCCAAGAUAAAACAGCCUGAUUGGCCGUGAAAAGUUUGGCCCAGCCUGCAGGGUGGCCACACAGAUGGUGGGAGUUUGUGUCUGUCACGUGAACCCUAACUACAGACCUCGGUUGCGCCUCAAGAAACUUCAUGACGAAGGUCCAUCACUGGGGCUGGACAGCACCUUCACUGAACGAUGCAAGCACCAGGACAGAAGCAGCACCUCCUGAUCAAGUUUGGGAGCCAGGGACCUCACGCCUCUGGGAUUUAUGGGUUGAAUCUUGCAAUAGGAACUGAAGUUUUUCCCAAACCCAUAAAGCCUUAGUCCUGGUUCUCAAUAGAAUCAUAGAUGAUCCUAGAUUUUUGUGUACCUAAAACCCUGGAUGCCAGGAGGUCUGCAGAGCUUAAACAGUUCUGGCCUAAGAAUUGAGAGACCUGGGCCCAGCCUCAGAUGUGUGACUCUGGAUAAGACCGAGUCUCUGUGGGCCUCUGUUUUCUCAUCUGUAAAGUGAGGCCGAAUGAAGUGAUGCCCAGGGCCCUUUUGGCUGCUACUGAGGUUCUGGGAUUUGAUUUAGUUAUCUAUUAAAUAUUAGAUAGCGGUUUCCUGCCUAGAAAGAUGACUCUCUAGGUCCCAGUGGCUGGUUUCUGAUUUUCGUGGUAUGCAUGGGCCUUUCCCAGAGGCAUAUGUCACUUUUUGGUCCCACCUUUUAAAGAAACUAACAUGAAUAUUCCUGGGACUCAGCAGUACCCAAUUUUCUUUUCAUGGUGAAGACUAAAUUUGAAAAGGAUGGCCUUCGUGAGAUGCCCAGGAUCUUGGGAUGAAUAUAUUUCAUCCCUGAGACUCUGGCAAUAUAUUUUAAACUUGGCAAUGAUGGAUGGUUAAGUUACUUGGGGUUCAUAAAUUCUGGCUUCUGAAUAUGAACACAAGGGGAAGUUAUUCUGGGACCCCCCCCUCCCCCCACCCCACUUGAGUUUCUCUUUCUUGUGUCCAGCCAGACUGAAUGUUAGUUCUGCAUUUCGGCACUUUAGACCCUUCCUAUCAAGAAAUGAGCCUUAGCCCAAGCGUCAUAUUAGGUGAUUCAUCUGAUGGCUUUUGACCUAUUUCCUUUCAUAUUCAUUCCAUGCAAAUUGUGUUAAAAAGUGACAAGUACCACACGUUGUAUAUGUACCUUCUCUGUGCAUUUGUUAGACCAGCAGGCAAGGUGGAUGGCUGUUAGGACUAGAACUGUCCUCUGAAAUUCAAAGGCCAGUCAGUUGUUAAUAAGCUGUUCAACUCUCUAGCACUUUUUAAAACGUCUGGAGAAAGUUGUUGAUGGAACUUACUUACCUCGUUAGUACCAAUUCCAGGGAAAACUCUUUUCACCAGAUAUAACCCUGGAUGCUCUAGGGACCUGGCUGGGCCGGAAGUCAAAAUGCACACCCUUGGCUGCUGCUAGUCCCAUCUGACAAUGAUAAUGUGACCAGCACUGCUGGAAAGGUCUAAACAGGACAACUGGGAUGGCUAUAGCAGAGGGUUCAGAACCCAACUGCCUGGAUGGGAGAACUGGUUAGAGGUUUUCUUAAGUCCCAGAGAGGACAGAGUUAAAAAACAGUUAGACAGGAAUCAUUGAGCCCCACCAAGUUUCCAAGGUUUAAACUGUGCAUUGCAUUCCUGGCCAAAUUGCCUUUGUCCAUGUGUCCUAACAGAGGGAUGACCAAGCUCAUCUAGAGAAAUUUCUCAAAGACCAGGAAGGAUGUUGCCCAUUUCCCAGAUGUUUCCAGUUGGAUCAAGGAGCUAUUUCAUUCAGCUUCGGAAAGGAGUCAGAGCCAGGGCUUGUCUACCUUCUGGAGCUGCUAUGUUUUCUUUUGGCUCUGGAGAGAUCAAAUGGUUUUGGCACAUCAGGAGGUUUGAAUCAAGCUGGGAAACCAAGACCACAAUGGGUGGGAAACAUGGCGGUCUCCACACAGCUUGACCAGGUGUCUGCGUAAAACUGCCCCAGUGGAUUGGGGGGAGCCCAUAGGAGCAUCCGGGAGCUUCGCUCAGUAGUGAGGUCACAGUGAUAGAGCAAGUAAGAGAACACUGGUUUUCCUUCAGGGAAAAGUUCCGACCCAUUUCACCAACACCUGAAAAUUACCUUUUCCUUAAAUUCAGGGUAGUGUGGUGUAGGUAAGGGAGAAGAACAGCAAACCAGGAGACCUGUCAGCUUUACUUUGCCAGGGGGCUUUGCAUCAGCCACUUAACACUCCUGAAUCAUCUAUAUGGCAAAGGGGAGCUACACUCUUGAGCUCUGAACCCUUUGUUCCUGACAUCGAAGGUUUUGUUUUUUCCCCAUUUGGGUUAUUCUUUAGGGAAUUUAGGUCUGAAUGAAUUGACACCUAAAGCUUCCAAGUGAAUCUGUCAGCCUGGUGAUGUGGGAGAUUGUCUUCCUCCUUUUCUAAACAAAAUUGUGGAAUACUAUACUUCUUCCUGGAAUCCUAUUCUCCCUUCACGGGCAGAAGCUGGAUAAAUCUAUAGAAACAGCCAGAAAUGCAACCCUGGCUUGCCCUCCUGUGUUUCUUACUUGCUCUUGGCAAAGGUGGCUCUAGCUCCCCUAUACUUCAUCCUGCUUUCACAAGAAGCCACCUGUCCUUAAGGGUUUCCCAACAUUUCAGUUCAGAUACUUUUUUGCCAGAAAUAGAGUCAGGGUAAUGAGAGAUAUUUUUUUCUUAAUUCCCAUGAACUACUAAGCCUUUCAGAAUUCUUCCUGGGUGGGCAGUUGCUUUAAAUGCCCUGAUUCUCAGAUCAGUCAUAGGAUUGCUUUUUCAUUUGGGCAGGUGAAAGCUCCAGUACUGUUGUGGCAUUAUUAUAAUACCUCAUUUUAAGGUUUUUUUUUUCCUUUUGCUUUUUUGGGACUACACCUGUGGCAUAUGGAAGUUCCCAGGCUAG